AUGAUAAGUUCAAAACAAUACCAUACCCAAAUCACACCCACCCUGGGAGACGACAGCCCAAUUCCAGUACCCAAGCAAUAUACAUCCCCGGCCAGUCUAUUCCUCAAAGAAGAAGUCUUCCGACUCGGAACAGUUCCAGGUCUGAGAUCCCUACCUCCAAGCCCAGAGCGCGAUUUUCUCACCCUAUCAUGGGGACCUAUCGUCUACCGCACCUCGUACGCUCCUGAAACCAAACGUCUCCUCCCCGUAUUCCUGCGUCACCUCAACAAUUCCGUGCACCGGUCGUUGCGCCGGACGUUACCAGGCUCCGAUGAAGAAAUUCAAAUUCUUACAAACACAUAUUCUUCUAAGAUCUUCAACUCGCUUGAUAUAUACGCCAAUAUGGACGAGGAAACGGUCAGACAAGUCUUUCAUGAUUUCAAGGUGUCGCUCAGGAUACCUGAAAUAGAGCUCCCGAGCAGACUGCGCAUAUGCUUGAUGCUAGAUGACGAAUCGUUAUCGCACUUCAAAGGUAUUUUAGAUCUUUCCUCCAUGGCUGAGAGUGAUGCAAAUGUGGGUGGAUGCUGGGUGAAGGUUGUUGAGGAGAAUUUUCCGGAUUCGAGGAUUGGUGAUCACCCGCUUGCGCACUUUGAUAUGGAAUAUGCAUCUUAUUCUGUUAGAGAGCAUCGUGAGAGUUAUUGUGGGUGGACUAUGGUGGCACUCGAUGCAUUAGUAGAGGUCUUUGAUGGUCUUCGGCAAAUGAAAUGCUUGGUUGACUACCAUCAGGAGGGAAAGGUCUACUUGGGAGAGGGGAAAUGGAGCCUUUGA